AUGAGUGCCUAUAAAAGGAAGCUCCAGGAAUUCACUAAUUUGAAAAAAGAACUCGUCCUGAACCUCGAUGACUUUGAUUACGGCGAUGUAAUUGGAAAAGGAGGUUUUGGCGAAGUUCGUCGCGGAAUUAAUAAACAAACUGGUAGAGAAUGCGCAGUUAAAACAAUAUUUGCAGAGAGAUUAGAAGGAAACAGAUUAAGAAGAUACAUCGGAGAAAUUGAAACACUCGCUAAAUGCAACAAUAUGUUUUUAGUCCCAUUUAUUGGUUUUACACCAACACCACCUUACACAAUUGUUACAGAAUUCAUGCCAAAUGGCGCUCUAGAUCGAUAUGUUCGUAGAAAACCUGGUGUUGCCCCAUUAACUGGUACACAAUUAACAGCCAUCGCAAUUGGUAUUGCUCAUGGCAUGAAAAACCUGCAUGAGAAUGGAAUCAUUCACAGAGAUCUCAAGGCAGCAAAUAUACUUCUUGAUUCGCGACUUUUCCCCAGAAUUUGCGAUUUCGGUAUUGCUCGUUUCGAAGAGCACAGCGCUUCUGGCAUGACAGUUAAAAUCGGCACACCAAACUACAUGGCUCCUGAACUCAUUCAAUCUGGAGAUUAUGAUGGAAAAGUCGAUGUUUAUGCUUAUGCGAUGAUUCUUUACGAAAUGAGUGAAAAUACAAGACCAUUCAAUAGAAUGAAAGUCAAUGAAGUAUUUCAUGCCGUUGUUCAGCACGAUGAACGUCCAGAAUUUACAAGAGCAACAUCUCCUCAAAUGCAAAAGCUAAUUACGCAAUGCUGGGAUAGGGAUCCAUCAGUUCGUCCUACAUUUAAUGAGAUUUUCGAUAUAUUUGCCUCAGGAAAAGUAGCUUUUCCUGAUACUCAUCGAUAUGAUAUUACAAAGUUCCUCCAGAUCAUUAAACAAGAUGAGGAAAAGCGUCAUGGUUCAUCGGAUAUCAAGAUUGAUGAUCAGGAUCCAGAAUUAGUCCCUCUAGAAUACGAUUCUGACUCAUAUUCAAGUUAUUCAGAUCCAAAGAAGGAAUCUGCAAGCGAAGAACAAAAGAAGAAGGAGCAACAACAAAAGAAAGAGUCAGCAAAGAAGACUCCGGCCAAAAAAUCGGAAUAUUCUUAUUCAUCUUCGUCAUCAUCACAAGAUCCAGAAGAUAUUCUCGCAGAUUACAAAAAUCCUCUCUUCAGCAGAUAUGUUGAGUACUAUUCGAAGACAAUUGAACCAUCCCAGUUCAAUUUAUUUUAUGAUGCAGUCAAAAAGCACAUAAAUCCUCAUAUUACGAAGAAUGUCGCUAACUGCUUACUAUCUGCGUUCCAAGUUCUCAUGAAACGCAAUCGCCAGUUCAUAGAGCAUUUUAAUGAGUGUAAAUUCUUCGAAAUCUGCCCAGUAAACGAUGAAACAGCCGAUCCACUUGUUGACUGCUUCUCCGCGCUCUUCAUUGAUUCUCCUAAAUUGUUAUCUCAGUCUCAUUGCGCUCAAAUUACAGCUUUGCUCGAAAAGAGGCCUGAAAAGAUGCUUAUCUUGUACUCAUACUACGUACGCCAUUUUUACCAGAUGCCAAAUCCUUGGCCAAUCGUAGAUAAUCUUUUUUCGGUCGUAAGGUCUUUUUCGACAAGUAACUGCGGAUAUUUAUAUCUUACCAUAUUCCACUACCUUAUUUCGACAUACGAUCUCUACGCGAAGGAGAGAACUGCUCAUAUCAGAUCCAUCUUUUUGAUGUUCAUCAAUUCAAAAGAUAUCAAAACCGUGAAAGCUGCUUACAAUGGCCUGUCGAUUCUCUACGGCGACAUCGACGGAAUUGACUUCACAAGGGCAGCAAAUCACUUGAAAGAUGAUGAACUUUACAAAUCGGUCCUGUCACUUUUACUCAGAAUUUCGAAAAUUCCUCCAUCACGUAGUUUAUUGAGUUCUCUUCUCCAACGCACAAAAAGCACUACGAAAGCGUGGAUUGUCAUAUUAAAUAUUGCUUCCACGAAGAAAGGUGCUGAAUUCAUGCUAGAAAACAGCUCUAUAUGGCUUACAAGCUUUAAUGAGCACCCAAUAGAUAUAUUCCGAGUGUUCAUGGCCAUAUUUAAGCAAAGCGAGUACAGACAAAGAGCAAUUGCCUUAAAUGAGUUCCCCGCUCUUCUCAAAUCCGCUUUCCUUGCUGAUAAGAAGCACAUGCACUUCGUUAUCUCCCAGACAAUUAGAAGAUCUGAGCCAAAUGUAUCUUUGGUCAACAGAUUAUCAAUGAACGGUUUUCUCAAAACGUAUAUCGAUGUAACAAUUGAAAACCAGAAUCCUAGGUUCUACAGUAUCGCCCUAUUAACGAUGGAUUGCCUCGCAAGAGCUUCUUAUUCUCCGGAAUAUCUCCAGUUCAUUCAGCCUUUAGUUGAUCUUUUGUCUUCGGAACAACACGCUGCGGAUGCCAUUACUGUGAUUGUAUCACUCAGUGGAUAUCCUCAAUGCUGUAAAGAAUUUGUUGAAAAAGGCUUAGUUCCGUAUUUCGAGAACUUGGUUCAAUAUGAUAAAUACAAGAAGGCUGCUGAAACAUUCAUCAGCAACGCAAAAAAUUGUAUUGAAUAG